UGCUCGCCGUUGUAGCCCUCAGUCUCCUCCUCUCACUUGCAGGAGCUCAGCCGACUACAAGCAAGCGCUGCCAUAGACGCAUGGCAAACUUCGUCGCUCCCUAUGCUGCUCGCGUGUUAUCGUGGAAGAACAAAUGGGGGAUGGACCUGUUCAGAGGAGGGCGAGGAGGAUGGCUCAUAGAGCCGCGUGCUGCUGUGCCGAUGAGACCUCGACCUCGACGGUCAGCAUGCAUCGUUGCGUCUGCUGGAGAAUACCCUAGAGGAUGUUUGCCGUGGGAUGGAGCAGCAGUCCCUCCACAGAUCUAUGCUGUCGGCAUGAACUAUGCCAGUCACGCUUCUGAGCUUGGCAAGCCUGUUCCCUCGAAGCCCAUCAUCUUUGCAAAGGGGUUGAACACGAUGAUAGGGACAGGGGAAGACAUCGUACUGCCGUCAGGUCUGACCGGAUCACUUGCCAUCCCCUAGGCCUGCGAUGCUCUCGUCUCUUUUGCAAUUGGAUGUGCCCCGUUGCUUGUCUCCUCACUGUCUUUUGCGUUUCAUGUUCCUGAACUUGCCUGAUGACUGGCAGAGGAGGUCAAGGUGGACUACGAGGGUGAACUUGCUUGCAUCCUGGGACCGAAGCCAUGCAAAGAUGUUUCGGUA